UCCUGUUUGGUUUGGCCUGCGGCCGGCGCUUUGUUGGUUUGGCGAGCGAUAUUGUGUACCCUGUGGAGGGGCGUGCGAUGGGUGGUAGUUGGUGUUGCGUUGUGGGUUGCACAAACUACUCCCGCAAGACGCAGAAAGUGAGAGUUUGCUAUCACAACUUUCCAAGUGACAGUGCUCUCCGUGAGAAGUGGAUCAGUGCGAUCAGGCGGGACAACUGGUUACCGAGCAAAUGGGCACGCGUGUGUUCCGAUCAUUUCUCGCCGGAGUCCUAUAACGAUAGCGUUCACUUGAUGGAAGCUUUUGGGUUGUCUAAGCAACACUUUUAUAGGCGCUUGAAGGCGGACGCUGUGCCGACAGUUUACAAAGAGACGAUCUGGCAGCCAGCAGCACGAAGAAAAGCCAUCAAAAGGAAAGCGGAGCAGGAUGCCUACAAAGCUCUUGCCUUGACAGAGGCUGGCCAUGCAGAGAGCAGCAAUCAGCAUGACUGGAGCUGCCAUGGGGAUACCACCACUCAGUGCAGUGAUGAACAGGGAGCUCAGCCACAUACGCGUGACGCUUAUGUGCAAAUAACUGCGCAUGCACAGAGUCCAAAGGCUGUACAGACGUACAGCAGGAUGCAAUCUAUUGGUGUCCAAGCCAGCCCACGGCCUACUCGUGACAGCUGUGACCAAACCGACGACGUGCUGCUGUACAGGGACAAGGUGCUACCAGAAGUGAGGCCUUUGUGCUCUACUCCAAAGCGUGCUGCAAAUGCCCCAGGUCUCAAUCUGAGCAGAUUACGUGCCUGCAUUGCUAAGCAAUGUCAUGUAAUGCCUCGAGAAGUGGCCAUCAUUUUCAUCUGCUGAAAACGCAAUUGUGCGAAGUCAUCACGACACACUCUCAGCCAAGUAUGGUCCAAAGCCAUCAAUGGAAGAUGCAAGGAAGAGGCGAUAUUCACGCUUCGCACCUCACCCAUAGAUCUGUGAUCCUGCUGCCAGGUUUGAAUCUUGCUCUUCUAGUGUGUGUUGUUUGGUGUGCUAGGGGUGAUUUGCUUUUACACGGCCUCAUCCAGUCAUCGCCACCCCCGACUACUGCCCACUCUGCUACCACUUCGGAGAAGCUGGCCCACCGCCAAUGCCAGUACCGUUACAUUGGACCAUGUGGUUGCAUCGUUAAUGUGCUUCGUCCAGUUUGGUGACUGGCCGUGUGACAUCGUCGACUGCCUCACAGCAAAUCAGUGGAGGCCUCGACAGCCAUCAAGUCCACCGUCAUUGGUACACUACCUCUCUCCUCUGUGUCGACCACGCUGGCCCAACCUGGGCAGGUUGGUUAGCACAUAUCCAGAAAACUAAAAGCAGCAACUGGUGGAGGUGUGGUUGCUGUUUGUCGAAAUAGUGAGGACCUUCCACUGCCGCCGUUAAUAUUCCAAGGUUCAGCUUAACAAUAUAAUGAAGACACACCAGCAUCGAUACAAAGCCAAGAAUUUCAGUGUGGGAUUUGGCAUGGUCCACUCUGCAAUUGCAUGAAGUCUUCAUGGAGUUGCAACGAUUGAAAGUUUAUACCAGGAGUUCUUGAUCAUGAACCACUGUUUGCAUCUGGCGACGCAAGUCUGGCGCUUGCGACAAUGUACCUGCUGCUGUCAUUUGCUUGUCUGGUACGUAGGUGAUAGUGAUGUCAAAAAUGUUGUAGAUACCUGGUGACAGUUUGCUUUAGUUGUUACUCUGAAUACGAAUUAGUGGCUUAUGAACCGAUUACACGAGGCCACAGUAGUGGAUGGAAGAUGACCGGAAGCUUUUUGUGCAUACUGCUGCUGUGCGAUUGUGAGAGCUGCUGGUGUGUAAGCAACAAGCCUGCCAUGUUGCGGCAGUGUUGAGCCAAUUCUGUAGGAGAUGACAACUGUUAGGACCGAGAUUUUCCAGGUGUACAAUUUAGUGGGUGUUUUAGGGCUUUCGGUGGGGUGCAGGCACCCUGUCAAGCUUUUUUCCCUUUCCACCUGUAGUCUAGGCAACUGUAAGUCUUUUUUUAACUGAAAUAAAAAAGAUGUCCCGGGUGCAUUUUCAUUCAAGUGAAAUUGAAUGCUUUUGCAGUAUCCAGACAACAAAGUGUUUUAAACACAAACAUAAGUGAUAUUUAGAAAUUCACCGAUACACUGUGGUCAAGUGCGCCAUACUCACCAUUGUAAUAAAGGUGCACUGACUAGUUCAUUUCUUGGACAAAUAGGCAUGCAUGUGCUUAUCUAUCAUCUAUACUACUCGCCUACACCCAGGAAAACAGCUCAUAAUUUACUGAUGGGAAUGUGCUCCUUAUCCUGCGCAGCACACAACUGGGCAGGGGUUGGCGAUUUCCUCUGCCAAGGCGGCCCCACACCUGCCAAACAAAUAAUCGGUAGGCUGUGUAUCUCGGAGCUCUGAAGCAGGUGAAAGAAAAACAGGAGCAUUAGGGACGGGAUAGUUCUAGCAAAUGUGCUAAGCUUAUGGAGCCCUUCCCAUGUCCUUGUGUGGCGAAAAUUGCACUUCAGUGCUGAUGCUUGUGAGCAGUGGUGGCUUCACUUCUACACUUUAUCUUAAUUUAUUCAAUGUAUUACUUGCAUACUACAACGUCAUUGAAAUUCAGGGUGGUGAAGGAAUGGCAAUCGUGCACUAGGCGCUUAUUUGUUGGCGCAUGAAGAGUGGAAGACGCUGCACGUAACUUAUUCACAUACACGCAGAUGAAAGCCCUAGCCUAGUUUGCUGCGCUUCCGCGUGGAACGAUCACGCUAAAACGAAGCACAGCGGAGACCUCAUUUACACGCUCAUAUUGAAGCACAAGCAGUAACUCGGUUGUACAUUUCUGUUUAUGGAAAAUGUGGCACUUCAAAACACUUGCCUACUAGCCCCGCCACCGUUGCCAUUCCAGCACAUGCGUUCUCACACGAGGAAUGAGCGCUAAAAGAAAGCAUAUGCCAUGCGCGAAAUGCGUCUGAGCUUCGUAGUCGGGUAGCCCAGAAGCUGGCAGCACACCUUGUUACCAUGUCGUUGUUGUAUUAUCAUGCCAUAUGUCCAACCCAAUAAUUCUAACUACUCACCUAUUCCUGUCGGCGUGCUCGAGAUAAGUUGAAUUGUAGGACUCCAGUAGCCACCUGUUCAUUUCUAAUAAAUCGCUGACCAAACAAAGGAGUGGGAAAAGUGUGUGGUGCGUGAUGCAGUUACAGUCCAAUCCAUUCAGUAGGCCCCAGAUAGCCGAGAUCUGGUGGCAACACACAUUUUCGUCUGUGCACAGGUCGGCAUUCGGCACAAGUGCACCUGUGUAACAACAUCAUGAUUCCCCGUGUAAUUAACAAAACAGUGACUAAUCAUCCACGGCUAACACUUACCCUUCAUCGCGAUAUUGCAAUGCCAGCUGCUGGGCUCCAUCGUGUUCGGCGACUGGUCGUCGUGGCGGCGGAUCAAACAAGAGUGGAGAAUCAACUUCGUCAUAUGCGCCUGAAUCACAGCUGUCCGACAGCUCCUAAACACUGUCAGUCGCAGACAUGUUGCAGCUGAUGCGCGGUGUGCUCACCUCUCCACCGAGUGCCUGCUCGUCCCGGCUUUCACAGUUUUCAUACUCUGUGCCGACGGGACCGGCAUGCCUUGCAUGACUUCCGGUUCUUACCAACUUAUACGUCAUACGUAGACAGUUCACUCGGGUGGGUUUCAGUUUCGGUAUUGGGCCUUUUUGCUUAUUAAAAAUUAUUUUCAAAUUUGCUGAGCAUUUCUGCAAUCGGGUGCAUGACAAGAGUGUCUCAGGAACCUAAAAGCACCAUCACCAUGACAUGGUCAAAAAAUCGCCAAAGUUGGGCUUUAAGGUUCACUAAAGGCGGCCACGGUGAAAACUAAUGCCAAGGCAACGAAAACCCAGCUCCAGCAGAAAUGACCUUUUCAACAUUUACAAUACUCAUGCAAUCAUUCUUGCCAAACUAUAAUGUUUUACGAGAAAAAACGGCUGUUCUAAGUGCAAAAAGCACGCCUGUGUGUCUAGAAUAUCAGCUUGUGCAUGGACUGACAAUUACGUUUUUCAACACUGGGCAAAAGUAACUGACUAUAUGCCACAAGUUGAGAACAAGAAACACCAGCUGCCAAACACUGUCUUCUUAUGUGUUCACCGAACUGAAGACAGUCUUCGACAAUUUAUUAAUAAAGAGUGCACACCACAGCCCCCGCUUUGCUCAAAAU